CAAUAUUUUAUGAUGUCAUCUGACAUUUUUAAAUUGAAUGUAAAAAUUGAAAAAAAAAAUGACAGAACUGUCAAAACCUGUCAUUUGUUUUAGUAGAAAAAAAUACUCUAAUCUGGUUCUUCUCGUUUUAGGGUAGUUUAUUGGUGAAAAUUGAACAAACUUCAUGCACGUCACAUUUUGACAGCUGUCAGAAUCUGUCAAUAGCUUUAAUUCAAAAAAAAAAACCAAAUCUAGUUCUUUUCCAAUUUAAGUUGGGCUUAUUUAUGAUAACGCAUGAAAAAACACUAUACGCAGGUUUCAGAUUUUGACAGAGAUGUCGAUUUUCAUUUUAAAGUAGGUACGUAGUUUUAGUAUAAAGGAUUUUAUAUACCGGCGAAUUUUUUUGAGUACUUUAAUGAAAUCAUUAUAAUACACAGUACUAUAAUGAAAUAAUUAAAGUACUUAAACAUUUUGACACUUACAAAUGAAAUCUACAAUGAUAUCAUUUUGACAGUUCUGUCAAUUUUUUUUUUCCAAUUUUUGAAUUCAGAAUUUACAUACAAGUUAAAAAUGUCAAAUCAUAAAAUAUUGAAAACUGGAAUAGAUGAAUGCUGCCGUUUGGCAGGGUUUUGAUAUGUGUCAAAAUGGUUGAUAUUUUUCGACUUAACUUGGUCGAAUUAGUAGAAAUAGAUUUUUUGUUCAUCAAAAUCUGCCAUAGUUGCUCUGCUUUUGGAUAUAAGAUUCCAAUAUUUGACAGCUAACCACGCUUCACCUGUCAUAUAUACAGGGUUGUGCCCAUGGUAAAAAAUGUUGCUUACGGCAUCCCCAAUAACAUAUUUAAAUUUCAUCCAAAUAUCACGGGUAACCAAUUUCCAUUUAAAUAUUGCGGGGUCCUUUUCCCUUAUAUCUAAGAAACGAACAAAAAUUUGGCAACCCAGUGAACUUACCUUGGAGCUUACCUUCAAUCUUCAAUGGACACUAAAAUCUGUCACUUUUUGUCCAACAGUUUCGGAGGUAUGGGUAGUAAUAGUAGUACGGUUUAAAACGAACACCCUGUAUAGGUAUAUACCUACCUACUUAAGUCUUCGAUACCAGUACUUGAAGUACUGUCUAGGAAAUUACCUGUAACGCAAGCAAAAAAGUGAUAACAUAAUGUAAUCCAUAUAAAUAUAAGAAAAAUACCAAGAACUUCAUCUACCUAAUUAAAAAAGAAGCUCAAAGGAAGGACUUGUUUUUUUUUUCAUAAAAUCCGUGAUACCCUUAGUUGACCAGACAGACUUCUAAUUAAUUAUAGCUUGUCGGGUACUUAUAUCCUAUUGGGUUUCUUACUUUUAUGUUUUUGCUUCAAUAAUAUUAUUAAUUAUUAUUAUUUCUGUUGACCAGUGACCAGUCUAGGAGGCCAGACUUUCUACAAUGAUAUUUCUAAAUGUCUAAUUUCCAUAGUGGGUGGGUAGUCAAUCUAUAACUAAUAACCCUGUACAAAAUAAGAAAUUAGGGAUAAAAAAGUGUGAUACUUUAAUUUGGCACAAAGGAGCAAAAAUUACAUCUAGGUAUUAAUUCUUAUUUUAUUUAAAAAGUUUCGCUUUAGCAUAGGUAGUUUAGCUAUAAGUAAGCCAAAUUUUUUCUGCAACACCAGUAUUUUAGAAAAAGCCACGUAAGUCAUUUCCUAUCUGAAUUUUUUUUAGCAAAACUAGACAGCCUCACAAUAACUGGCGGCCUAACGACUUUCCAAAAAUUUAUUGAACCAGUGCAAUACAGAAUACAAUACAUAAAAAGUUAUCAGCGAUGAUCAAAAAGUGUGGAGAUUUAAUUUGGCCCACAUUUUAUAAAAUAUUUAUUUAGCCUGAUAAAGUCGACAAGUUACUAGGUAUGCCUUGCUAUAGACUUUUUGGCUCCAUUCGUGAAAAAUACCUACUUUUGACGAGUUUUGGGCAUUUAUUUGUUUUCAUAAUGUAAACUUGUGCUGUGUUCUGCCACUCAUUACUCGGAAAGGAGGAGCAUACAAAAUCAAUAAACUAGAACAUGGCAAAUGGCAAAGAGAAUGUAAUUUUUUUAAUGAAAUGAUUAGAAAUCCUAACUUAUUAUUUUUGUGCUCGCUACUAUGAGAUGUAUUUUAUGAAAACAAAUUACAUGUAUGCAAAUGUGAUUAGGCAGUAGGCACGGAAGGAUCAAGGUUCACAAUAUUAUUUAGAUAAUAGCUAGCAAGAGAGAGAAAUGCAAUGCGGGAGAAAAUCAAAUAAUUAAAAAUAUGUACCUAAUUUUUGUGCUCUUUACUAUGAGUCACUAUUUGAUAUUAUUUUAUGUUAACCUAAUAAUAAAUAUGCACACGUAGGUGAACGCACAAUAAAUCUAGGUGUGGCACUACACUAGGAAAAAUCCGAACACUCAGUCGUCACUGAAAUAAUAGAAACUCGAUAAAAAACAAUGAAACAGAAGGUAUUUUUGAUCACCAUAACAAAUCACAAAUAAUUACUACGUCACGUCAACGUCACUGAAAGAAAUUGGCGGCUACGAACGCAAGUUUACUAUUCCGUAUCUCAGUGGGGCGACCAUACUUUAGUUACAAACUAAAAAAUAAUCGACCCUACGUCGCACAUCAACAGAACAACCCUGGGCCCUCCCCAGAUUUGAUGGCGUACCGAGGAGGACGACGUUCUCUCUUCGAAGUUGCUCGACUCGACUAAAACUGGUCGAUUAUUAUUUUGCUUGCUUUGUGGCUUCGCUUGCCUGGGCGCCUUUCGUAUUCGUUUCAAUUUCUAGGUAGUCAACUUGAAAAGGGGACAGGAACAAAGAACGAUAUAAUUCGGCUCGCGAUCGGCUAGUAUCGCAACUGUUCGGUGACGUUUCAUGCGCGAUGUAUCGUCAGGUCCAUGUUGGAGUGGCUCAAAACUCAAAAAAGCUGCAGCAGAAAAGGCCGAAGGUUGGAAGACAAACAACGAAUUUUUCACCAAGCUAGAAAAAAAAGGCAAUUCUCAUCCAGUGCGGACACGUGUAGUUAUUAGACAUAUUAUUAAGUGAGUGUUAGUGGGUGAAAAAUAAGGAGCCGAUAGUUUAAGAUUACAAGAUGGCAGACGAAAUCUAUGAGGCGAAGUUGCAGUCACUGCAACAAUACAUUCCAUUUCUGGAGAAUAUGAUGACCGAAUUAAAGGCGAAGGGGAAUAGAACAGCUCAGCUGGAAAAAAUGAAGUCUUUGCACCUCAUGAUUACAGACUCAUCAAGAAAAUUGAAAUUGGAUACCCUCAAUAAAUGUGAAGAAGUGCUCAAGAAUAUCUAUCUGAAAGUGAAUCCUCAAUUGCUGACUAAAGUGACGCCAAGCUGUACAGAUAGUCCAAAGAACUUAGGUGAUAUUGGAGAUCCUAAAAUUCAAACUGACACACGUCCUGAGUCAAAAAUUACCACCAAUUCACCAAAUGCUCCAAUGGUAUCAUCAAAAAUAGUAGACACUAGACGCCCAAUAAUAGACCUGGACGAUGUGCAGGAGAACGUGCAGAAAAAAAUGGUUGACGUCGAAUAUGAGUCAAAAAGUGUCCACGAACUUGAAGAAGUCAAAAAAAAAAUACAUCAAGAACUCAACUUAGCUGAUGCAGUCUACCAGAUGAAUAAAACUAGUGAUUCUGAAAGUGCAGGGCAUUCAAGAAAGUCGAGGGAGAAAUCUCGGGAAAAAUCUCGGGAGAAAUCAAAGUCAUCUACAAAAGUAGUGAAAGAAUUUGACAUGUUUGGAAAUUUGUUUCCUGCCUCAACUGACGUGAAAAAUACAACAAAGAAAGGCGAUAGAAGAAGCAGUACAGGUAGUUUAGAUUCUGAUGGUAAAAUACGUAAAGAGCACAGAGAAAAGGACAAACAUAAACAUAAAGAUAAGAAAAAAGAUAAACAAGGUGACAGUAGAAACAAGAAUAAAUCAGAUGCAAGAGACUCAAAUAAAAAGAAACACAAAGAAGAUAAGAAAGCAGAUAAAGUUAAACAAUCCUCAAAUGCCUUACCUACACCUUUAGAGACUGAAGCAGAUACUGAAACAAAAAUAGAUAUGCAAUCUCUAAAAAAUACUUUGAAAAGGUUUCAGACCACACCCGCAGUUCAGAGCAGCCCUUCAACAAAUAUUGAUUUGACCAACUCGAAAAGUGAGAACAAACCAGUUGAUGACCUCUUAGCAGAUAAAUUGAAUCCAAAAUCCAUACCGUUGCCAAUAGAAUUGCCUGAAGUCGAUAAAGCCGUUUCUGAUAGCAUUGAAAGCACCAUGGAAGCGUUUCCUAUUAGAUCUUUGAUAAAUCCUCAUGGCAACAAAAAUUUAAAUUCACCCCCAAAGCAACACAAACCAACUGUAGUGAUUCCUGAAAUUUUACAGCGAAUUGUGAGUCGAAUUUCACUAGGAGCUACCCAAAACACGGAAGCGAUUAAACCUGUGCUGAAUGAUCCAAGGUCGAACCCUCCAGAACCACAAAGACUACCUCAACAUAAUUUGGGAACUCCUGUUGUAAUGCGAUCUUUAGAAAGUCCUUUAUCGCCACCCCUACAACAGCAAACUGUUUUUGAGCUUCCCAGACCCAUACCUCCUUCACCAAUACCAGCAAUCCUACCGUCGAGAUAUAUGACACCUUCUCCAAACCCUGAAUUACUAGGAAGAUCGUUCAUGCAGCAAACUGGUAUGGGCAUUCGAACAACUCCACCAGCUAGUUUUGCUCAUGUUGAUAAUAGGGUUGUCAAUAUGGAUCUUGGUACUCCUAGAUCUGAUUUUACUACCACAAGAGCCGAUUUUGGUACCCCGAGGCCGGAUUUUAUGAGUCCGAGGGCCGAUUUUGUUCCCACAAGAGCGGACUUUACUAUCCCUAGAUCAGAUUUUGCUAUACCUAGACCUGAUUACAGCUCUGUUAUGACUCCCAGACCUGACUUUGAUUCACCACCUGCAAACAGUUAUGGUGCAUCUCAGUUUAAUGGAAAUAAUCAAUUCGAUAAUUUUGUACCCGAAAAUCAAAUGCACAGUUUCAAUCAGAGAAAUGACAAUAAUUUUAUGGGACCUGAUCAUUUCGUUCAACAACCAGGCAACAUGAAUCCCUAUGAUUUAGCUCAAAAUGCUCUUAUUCAGCAGCAAGCUCUGAGCAUAAGUAAUAGUUAUCCCUCUUACCAAGCCUCUCAAGGCUUCUAUCCACAAAGAAGUCAAAUGCAAAUAAAUACAAAUUAUGAACAACCUAAUAAUUAUUUUUGUGAAGAACAAUCUUUAUACCAAGAGCGAUCCCGAUGGCCAGGAAGGAAUAGUGAAAGGGAAAGACGUCCGGUAAGGCCGCAAGGCCCUACAAGUUAUAGGGAGUAUAGGGAAAUGAGGCAGAGGCAUGAAAGGGAGGCCAAAAUGGCUCAAGAGCAAAAUUCAAUAAAAGAUCCGCGUUUAAAACCAAGAGAAAUUAAAGACGAAGAGGAAACAGAAACGGAUAUUAAAGAUCCAAGAUUAUCUAGAGACAGGGAGAAAUUAAGAACGAGAGAUAGAUCACCCAGUGAAGAAAAAGUAGAAUCCAGAGACCCUAGACUAAAAGCGAAACUCAAAGAUAGUAAGUUUGACAAAAUGUACUCACAACAUGGACAAAAGAAGGAAGAAGACGAUGAGGCAUUUGGUUCUCCUUUAAACAGUCUCUACAAUGCUGGAGAAGGAAGGACCGGACGCGGUUAUGGUGUACAAAGCUUCAAAAUUCCAAAGAAACCUAGAAAAACUGAUGCAAUAAAAGAUCAGAAAAAGACAGAAGAAAGGCGAAGUAGCAGUGAAACAAGAAUCAGCACAAGUAGUAGUAGCGGUAGUGGUACUAUCGAAAGGAGCAGUAGCGCUAGCGAUGAACAGACAAUCAGUAGCGCUAGCGAUAAACAGCCUACUAGUAGCUCUAGCGAUAAACAGCCUACUAGUAGCCCUAGCGAUAAAAAGCCUAUUAGUAGUCCUAGCGAUAAACAGCCUACUAGUAGCCCUAUCGAUACAUAUAAUAGCAGUAAUGAUACAAAUAAUGAGUCGAACAGUCGCAAAACACGAAAUAGCGGUGGUUCUAGGAAACGAAUAUUGAGCGAAUCUGAUGAAAGCGAAACACUUGAGAAUAUAACUAUCCUAGAUGAAGCUGAUUGUGGUCCAGCGCCUACUAUGGAUUCACCUGAAGAAAACGUUGACCAAAACGAUCAUGAAGCGCAAAAUUUUGAAACUCCACAAUACUCUAUCGCUCUGUCAUAUUCAGAAGCUUGGGUAGAGGAUGAUAUUUUUGAAAGUGAAUACAAUUUAGAAUGUGAAAAUAUAAUUGAAAAAGAGGAAAAUAUUGAAGAAACUAUAUCUGUUGCGGAUUCAAUAGAUGAAUUAAAUCAGGAUCAAAAAGUUUCCAAUAAUAAAGAACCUGAAGAAAAUAAGCUUAUCAGUGAAAGUCCUCCAAAAAAUAAGGUUGUGCAAGAAGGCAGUGAAAUUGCUGCAAAUAAAAAACAAAUUGAUGAAUGUCCUUCUUCUAAAGAUACUUCAGAUUCAAAAACAAUUCUUUCUGAUGAGAAAAUUGAGGAAGAGAAGUCUGUAUCUUCUACAAAAACUCCUAAACAACCCGAAGUUGAAUCGAAUGAGGAUUUGGAACGAUCCCAAAAUGUUAAUGAAACUGAGAUAAAUCAAGAAGCCACUAGUAGUGAAGAUACUUCAAUUGAGAUUUUUCAAAUGGUCAAAGACGCCCUUGAUACAACAAGUAACCAAGAUGAAAGCGCCAGAGUCUGUUCACUUUUAGAAUCAUUCCUAGGUAAAUUGCAUUCUCAACAAGUGGAGAGGGUUCGAAGUUUAUUAAGUAAGGCACAAUCGAACAAAGAAAAAAAUCCUGAUUCCAAUGAAGCAACAAAAGACCAGCAAAUAGUUUCCAGUACUGUAACGGAACGCGAUAAUGAUGUAGAAAAUAAAGACUUACCCACAAGUACUAGAAAUACUAAUGAAACUCAAGUAAAUGAAGUUACUGAAUCUCUGGAGCAUUCGGAAAAAGAAGAAAAAUUCAAUGAAGGAGAUUUAGAUCCAGAACCUAUAGUAGUGAGUGUUGGUGAAAGAAUUAAAAAUCGCAAACGUGCCUCUCAGGUAGCAACAGCAGCUCAAAAAAAGAAAUCUGAAUUAGACCUUCUCCAUGCUGAUAUUCAAGACAUGUUUAUCAGAGAGGGUGUUCUUAAAGCUACUGGUAAAAGAAGGUGUGCGCAAAAGGACGAUCCUAAUGUACUUUUGAACCCUGAGCAAGAAUCCAUAAAACCGCCUUCAUUGGAGGAAACAAAAGUUAUAAAAAAGCGAGGACCUAAAAGAAAAGUGGCGAGCAACAGCUCAGAAACGCCAAUUCUAAAACAAAUGAAAAUAGUUAUCAGAAAGAUUCCAGAUGAUGUCUUGGAUGUAGCAUCAAGUCGAUCUAGGCAAACUAGUUUGGCUGAAAGUGACUUUGACGCUUCAGAAAAUGUUUCGUAUCACAGUAUAUCAGAAUUUGAAGAAGAAUCCCUGAAAGAGUUAUCAGAGACGCAAAAACCUAGAACUAGACGUAGGAAAUGGGCUUCUGGUAUUAUAAGCAAACCUAAGAAAAAGAAAUCCCAAGAAAGAAAGUCUAAAGAGAGCAGUCCAGUACGAUCAACUUCUGUGGCAUCCGGAACAGCUUCUGUAAGUGACUUGGAUAUGAACGAAACUCUUGUUGAACCUGAUAUAGAUUAUUACUAUGAUUAUACAACUAAGACUAAGCUUAAUUGCAAAUUAUGUCAAUAUAGUGGACAUUGGAUGCCUGCGCAUUACCUGAAAGAGCAUCCAGAAUCGGAAGUUUUAACUUCGAGACUACCUCCUCAUGCUGCAGCAGAAGCCAUUGAAGAUUUUGCUUUGAACAAAGAAACUUUCAAAAAUCUAACAAACAAAAACUUACCUAAGAGAAAGUUUCAAUAUUCCUGCCGAAUCUGCGGUUAUGCAAGAGUUAUUUCGCCACGAUACUUUUACGAGCAUGUUACUACGCACACUGGGGAAUACCGACACGAAUGUGGACUUUGUGAAUAUAUUGCUGCAAGUGAAAAAUCAAUGAUUGGACACUAUCUUAAUUUUCAUCCGAAUAACGAUAUAAGUGAAAGAACACCAACAAAACCGUUUAAUUUCCCUAUUGUUUUCGCCCAUAUGUGUAGCGAAUGCAAUUUUGUUCAGUUGAAAGAAAAAAGCUUACAAGAUCAUAUUAAGGUUCAUCAUUUUGGCGUCAAGGCGACUAUUCACAAGAUUAAUAUGUCUACAAUCUUAGAUCUUCCACUGACAAAAGCGAAAAGUUCCGAGGGUAUUAUGAAAGAUUCUACGGAGGCUUCGCCAGUAAAAGUUAGCAUAAAACGUGGUCGUAAACCUACUUCAGCAUUGAUAAAACCUCGAAAGCCUGGUCCAAAAUCUAAAACUAUGCCCGAUGAAGUUACAACAACCUUGGCUUCACAUCGCAAAAAACCCGGUCCAAAAUCGAAAACGCUACGAAAAAGUAAAAUUUCAGUUUCUGAAGAAACAACAGAACAGGAAUCCCAGGCGACAAUACCAGUGCUUCGGUCCAAAUCGAAAGCAUCGAUAGAGUCUUCCCUAAAGAAUUCUCAGGAAGAUGUUGUUGCUCCGGUUAGAAAGAGACGACGAAGCCUGGAAAAUCUUAUAAAUAAAGAUAGCAAGGAUGAUUUUGAUUCAAUUAUCACGCUUUCCAGUAGAAGUACUCGGGCAGCUAAGGAGAAGGCUUCUGCAAAACUAAAAACGUUAAUGGAGAGUAAUGAUUCAGGCUCUCCAAAAAAAAGAGCUCAUCAAGAACCACCUGAAGAUGCAUACGAAUCAGAAUCCUCCGUGCAGGAUUCAAUUGAAACACAAUCCGUACACAAAGAAUCGAAUGAAGACAAAGAUAUUGCAAGAGAUGGAACUCCAGUCGAAAAACACAGCGGAGAAGAAGCUGUAAAGCUUUUUAGAAGUAGUAAUACAAAUAUUAAUGAAAUGGUCCCUCCUGUUGUCGAGAAUAUGUCAAGUGAAAGUGAUCUUAAUGUGUUCACGUGUAGAAGCGAUAUACUUCAAGAACAAGCUAAAACAAUAGAAGAAGACCGAUUAAGGCAAAUGGACGAAGUUAAUAAGUCAUUUGCUGCGAAACCUAAACUAGAUUUUAUCAACAAAUUAUCUAAUCGAUUAAACAGUGCACAAGAACUAGAUGCCAUAAGAAUCAAAAAAGAGCCACAAGACUCUCCAGACACAACUAGACAACCGAGAGAAAUGCCACUGUUAGAGAAACACGUUACACAGCCAAGUAUUGAAGCGCCACUCUUUGUAAAACCCCUAACUCCCCCUGCGAUUAUUGAAAAAGCUGAAGUGGAGAAAGAACCUUCUGUUCAGACAUGUAGUAUUAAAUUUAGACAAAAUAAAGUGAAUAAUUUGUUCUCCAACACCAUUCAAAAAUUGCAAGGAAAAAUUAAAGAGGCUGUUGAAGAAGAUUCGUCAAAGAAAAAUGAAAACGUGGAAUUACCAAUGCAAGAUGAAGCAUUUAAUGGUGAGUUGCCAGAAUCGUUUAUAUCCAUUGGAGACUUAAUAAGAGCUACUAAAAUUGGCUCGGAUAUAUUGUAUUCCUGUCAUGUAAACAAAUGUGACUUUACCUCAAAAGACAAAACAGUAUUUAAAAUUCACUGUAAGCUUGGCAUUCACAAAAACCUUCAAUUAACUUCUUCGUUGUGUGAUAGGUGUGGCGUAGUUGUGACAAUUACUCAAGAUACAACAUUAUUAGAAAAUCUUUAUGAUCAUUUGGUAUUUGCUCAUGAAGACUUCAUUUCUCCAAUGUCUCUGGUUAGAAUGCGCAGACUGAGCGGCGAUAAACUAUCGAUUAAAAAAGAAAAAGAAUCUAAAAUAGAUGAGCCAGAGGAACAAAAACAUCAAGAAAUUGUACCAUUGCAAGAUAUUGAAGAUGAGAUUGAUGCGUCUGUUUUGAUAUCUUCAAAAUCUAAUACUUCUUCAUUCCCAAUAUCUGAUAAUUGUCCUCCUCUGCAAAUAAUAAAGGAGUCCGUAGUUAGUUCAAUAAUUAAAGAAGGAUCUGCUGCAUCUGCGGCAAUUAUGGAACCAAUAGACACAUCAUUCGGUUUCAAAAUCGUGGACGUUACCUCAUUAGCCGAUUCUGAACCAAGUUAUAGUGCAUCGCCAAUUGAGUCGGUAGCUACCGCCAUAACAAAAUUACCUCCAUUAGUUCCAGUCAGCCAGGAAGAAUCCCCACCACAAUCGAAAGUGAUUAGAGAAGCAAAAUUAACAAGUCUCGAGGCAAGUCGACCAAGAAAAGGUCCCAAAGCUCUCCAAUCGCUUAUAGAAACACCUAGCAAUCUAUACAAAUGUCCUCACUUUUUUUGUAAGUUUAGCUCGAAUGUGCGCACUAUGUUCGCAUUCCACUUGAAAGAGCACACAUCUGACAAUGCUACCAUGGUACCAUGUGUCUACUGUGACGUGAAAACAUCUUGGGAUCAUGUGCCAACGCAUAUAGAUAUUAGACAUGCCGCGAGUAGACAUACUUGUCGGUAUUGCUUGUAUAGGGCGGUGGCGCCUGAGUAUGUUUGUUUGCAUCUGGAGCAGUGCCAUCCCAAUCAAGCGUUUGUUGUUAUAUCGGUUCCUCCACAUAAAGCAGCCAAGAAGUUUUCCGCAGCGGACAUGAAAAUUGACUGCAAGCAACUUUGCGAGCCAUAUCGUUGUGUAUGUGCAAACAAAGAUGGAAGCUUGAAAUGUCACGAGUACCUAUUUGAAAAUGAAUUUGUUAGACAUCUGAGAAUCCAUAAACAAGAGUCUAUCCAGUGCGGAUAUCCCAGAUGUUCCCAGAAGUUGGACCCCAACUCGAUGCUUAACCAUUGGGCACUUGUUCACAAGGUUCGCACUUAUCAGUGCAGCUAUUGUAAAGUGAAUAGCAAAGACAUUCAUAGGAUGUACAGCCACUUUGCUGAAGUGCAUCCAAAUAUGAUGCCCAAUAUUUUAGUUAGGAAGAAUGAAGCUUCUUUGCCGAAGCAUAAAGAAGUAGGAUAUACAGAUGAAGCUUACCAAUACCUCGGCCACAUUAGAAAAUUCCCUGCCACUCUAAUAGGUGUAAUCAAAAAACGAUCCAAAUGUCAGAAAAUCAAGAUAAUUGAGGUCGAUGCCAGCACAAACACUGAAGAAUCAACUAUGGCCUUGACUCCACCUAAAACUUCGCCGUCUAAUACAAUGUUUCUACCGAUCCCACAGAAUAAUAGCAAAAUACUUCUGUCGAAUCCAAAUCUUCAACUAUUAGUUGCAGCUACAAGUACAAACGAAAAAGUUUUACUGUUAACUACCAAUUCCAUGGUAUCUCAAUCAAAAAUACCAUCAGUAACAUCUACUGCGUCGCUUGGUCAAGUCUUAGGCAAGACUUCUACAGCUUCUACAGCAUCAACUUUAAAACACCUGGGGCCUAUUGGCAAAGUUUUACUUCAUUCUCCUACAGGUUCUACAAUACCGCCGAACUUGGUGCCAAUAAGAGUGGGAGCACAGGCAUCUACAGCUUCUUCGACACAAAGUUUAAACCCCCAAGAGCCCGUUAGGUUUGGUGGUAUAACUAUUUAUCCUCCAGAUUUCCCGGAAAAUAAUCGAGCGAGACCUACAACAACAUCAGCUACUGCAGUUUCUGGAAAUCUUUUUAAUACAUUAGCUAGUGUAAGUGCUAGUGCAACUUCAACCAAACCAAGACAAUCUUGGCAGGAAGUGGCAAAUCUAGCUGAAGUAUUACCUGUUUCUAGUACAGUAGAAUCAGAAAACAGCAUUCCUAUUUUGACUGAGGACCAUAUUCUACAAUCAGCUAUACAAAGUAUUCUUGAUUUUGGUGAUGAAUCAAAUAACGCCAGUCUGGAUUCGUUAUGUUCCAAUACUUCUCCGUAUCCAGAGACCUCAUUACAAAACCCACCUCCGUUAGUCUUGUUUUCUAGUGGGCCCUCAAACAGUAGUUCCUUAGUGCAAAACAGAGAACCUAUUGAUGUUAUGGCUCCAAUAGAGCAUAUAAACGUAAAUGAACAACAAGAAAAUCUCCAAUCGGAACCCGAUAGAGAAUCGGGCAGAGAACUAUUUAUUAAUGAUGAUACUCUACUUUCUGAAGAUCCGUUAAAUUUACUUACGGAGUUGGUGCUUGAUAUGGAAGCGCCCAUAACUGAAUCGUUGGAGCCAAAGGCAGCUCCACCUGUUGUGGAAUCUGCAACAAAUCCGAUUCCGCAAAAACUUAGUGUUCACCAUGAAUCUGCAUCGUAUAUAGGGUCUACUGAUGAGGAGUCUGACAGUAGUAUUUCGGAGAAGAAGAUGAGUGGUCUUUCAGGUUACCAACUCUAUAGAUGUGCCAUGUGCAACCUUUCAUUUUCGUCUUUCGAUGCUUUCAAAAAACACUUGAUGAACUCUAUAACCUGCAAGAAACCUGGACCUAAACCCUACCAAUGCGCCCAUUGUUGCAAGGGAUUUAUAGCGCCUCACAGGCUAGCCAAGCACAUUUUUAGUCAUGGAGUGUUGAGAUUCUUUUGCGGUUUAUGUAAUGAAAAGUUUAAUACUGUUGAAAGCACUAAAAUGCAUUUGAAAACCAGACACAGCAUCCUCCAAUUUAAUAUGGCACCACUGAAAGCUGAUAAAAAUAAUAUGGAGGUAGACGAAUUUAUGUUUAUACCCAGAAAUGAAAAAGAAGUAGUUACUUGUGCUCCAAAAUUAUCUGUAGAUACUACUACUUAUAACCCGGAUGAAAUUGAUUCCAUACCUACUCGGCAGAUUUUUAACACUAACAUUAAAUGUGGAAAGUGUAAUUUCCAGACAAAAGUCAGGGUGAACAUUAUAAGGCAUCUUCAAAUGCAUUUGGAUGAGAAAGCUGUUCCUGAUACUGCCCCGGUAAAUCCAGUACCUUGCUUAGAGAAAAAUGAAAAAAUGUUUGAUAAAAUGUGCAAUUUGGCAGCUAGUUCUUUUCCUACUGGACGAAUGGGUGGACCUCCUGCUGUAAAAGAAAAAGAACAAGACAAAGAGAAACAUCCCGAAUUUGUACCAAGUCAUCGCCGAUUCGUCUGUUGUGCUCAAGGAUGCUCCUAUCUAUGCCCUGAAGAGAGUAACCUGAAACAUCAUAUUAUGGCGUUGCAUAGCGAUGAAGCUAACUUUACAUGCGCCCAUUGCAAAGUCGCUAUAGAUUCCAGUGAUGUUGAGAACGUCAUCAAGCACUUUAAGUUGCAUGGGUUGUAUUUAUACAAGUGCCAGUACUGUCGUUUUGUACACUACUUGAAGCACAAAGUUGAGAAGCACAUUAUGGAUGGUCAUCAGGAUUCGGCUGUUAAAGUUAUCACUGUAAGGUGCAUGGACUCGGAACCAGAAUUCAGCUCUGAGCACCAUGAUGCGCUUACACAACAACCUGUGGCAUCAACACCAAAGUUCAAACCUUGGAGUUGUUGCAUGUGCAAAGCGAAAUAUCACACUAAGGAUGAGAUACUAAAUCACAUAGUCAAGAAACACAACAUUGAUGCGCAAUACAAAUGCACUUUGUGUGCCUUCAAGGAUGAUCAAGAAAUUGUUUGUAGGGAGCAUUUUAAGGAGAAACAUCCUGAAAAUUCGUUUGAUAUUAUUCUGGUUUACAGAGAGACUGAAGAAGAAUCCUUGGAAGACACUAGCAUAACUCCAUUCGAUACUACUCCCCUGUGGCAACGUGAUAAACCGAGAGUACGUCACAUCAGAGGAAUACUUUUUGAUGAGUCCUUGCCACCACCAACAAAAUCGCCCAAAAAGAAAGUUUUGAUGAAACAAAAUCCUACAUGGAAAAAUUCUGUUGCAUCUACCAGUUCUACAAAAAAUACGCCCAGUCCCGUGCCGGGUGGGCGUUCCAUUGUCGCUAGAAAUAUUUUUGAUUGCAUUGAUGUAGUUGCCAGAGGUACUGAUGAAACUCUUGAAGGAGAAUGCUCCACUAAAGUGGAUCAAAACAAACCAGGACCCAGUGGUAUCUCUAUGGCCAAAACUAUUUCUGCAUCAUUUGCACGUGAUAACGCUUCCACAUCAAAAGAUUUGUCUGCGGUUUCUGCUGAAAACACUCGAAACAGGCCAGGAGGGCAUUUAAAAACCAGAACACCUCCAAUCACACUUGUAGCAAAAGAUAGAUCUUUACAAAAGCCUGGCAUUUCAUCUGAAGUUUCUAGCCAACCAGUAAUUCUUAAUAAGUUUUUCUCAAAUCCUUCCAAUCCAGAUGAUAAGUUAAAACUGAAUAUGUCAUUGGAUACAAUUAUUAGCAAUGCACUGGAAAAAAAUAGUACCAUUAGUGCACCUAAUCAGGAUGCCAGAAUUGACUCGGAUGAAUCUGAUGAUGUUGUUUUAAUUUCACCGCCAAUCCCAAACAUUACAGUAAUUGACUCUGACGAAAGUGAUGAAGAACAGGAGAGUAAACCUUUAGAAUUUAUUGAAGAUUCAUAUUUGGAUGUUAUCUCGAGUACCAGCAGAGGCCAAAAACGUCCCGGAGCCACUGAUUUGUUGCAAGAAGCAGUUAAGAUGGCAAAGAUCGACGAGACUGAUGAUGCCUCUCUUGCAAACAGAUGUAGCAGAGAAAACUUGGUAUACAUGUUUGGCGCUAUCGGUAAACCCAACAAUAAGCAACUGAAAUGCCCGAGAUGUAGCACGUUCAGAUCGAAAAAAGCUGCAGACUUUAUAUUUCAUCUGUAUCAAGAGUUCAACUUCCAUAGAUAUAAAUGCAAGGGCUGUAACUACUCAAGUGUAACUUACAAAUUUAUGUUGGAUCAUAUUCAAAUGCACCAUCCAGACGCCACUGAAAACUUGAGUCAGCCUCUACCUGCUUAUGUCGAAUUGGAUACGUGGAUUCAGAUGGUGAUCAGAGAGCAAAGUAAAGAGAUUCUAGAACUGUCCCAUGAACUGUUCCAGAAGCGACCUGUUCCUGGUAACUUCUAUAAUAGAUGUUACUUUUGCAAUGACACUUUCAUAUCAGUAUCGGAAUGCAACGAGCACAUGUUUUACCAUUGGGUCCUGAUGCCAUAUCAAUGUCAACAUUGCCCGCACGAAUUCUACACUGUUUAUGAUUUGAGACAUCAUCACAGCAUAGAACAUCCUGGCCUAGUGUUACAUACAGAACCCAAAGGUCCUACUUUAGCUCAAGCACUGGCUUGCAUUGAAAAUACUAAGAAGAAAGUCUUGAAAACCUAUAGUGUAUCGGAUCGAAAGAAGCCCCGAUUAGAGGAGAACAAAGAGAAAAAACCAAUUACUAGUGGAAUGGUGAUUAAUACUCCUAAGGUGAAGAAACUGAAAACUAAUUUGGAUGAAAAUUCAGUAAAUAGUGAAGCAACGUCUUAUGAUUUUGAUGAAGUAUUCGCUUGUGAAAUUUGUGCCUACUAUGGGUAUUCUGAGAAAAACAUAAAACAGCACUUGGAAGAGAGUCAUCAAAUAAUUAUUAAUAAAUUCCAUAUUUUGAGUAAUUCCAAUUCUGAAAAGGACUUAGGGUCAAAAAUGGCUUGUAAUAUAUGUGAUGAAGUAUUUACAGAAUUGAAAUUAAGGAAACAUUUUUUGGCCCAUCAUCAGGAGUCAGUAUUUGUUCCCUACAAGUACAAAUGUCUCUCUUGUCAGAGAAAGUUCUGUCCAAUAAUUGCAGUGAAAAUGCAUUGUAGCAAGUUUCACCCAUUGGCAAGGCCAAGUUAUGAAUGCGUUAUAACUAAAAAUAAAUUUGCCUUUGAUACUGUGAAACGAACAAGCAAAGACUUAAGUAAAUUUUCAUGCAGUUUAUGUAGUUUCGUUUCGAUUGCCAAGACUGCACAAUCUAUUAAAGGGCAUGUUAAAGGCCAUUUCAGACCGGCUCUAUGUAACAUUUGCCAGCAGAGUUUUAGAAACCACUAUGAUUGUAUAAAGCAUACUGAUAAAGUACACGAAGGUUUCGACGCAAAUUAUACGAUAUCCAGUAUCAUCACCAGAGAAUGUAAUAAAGUUAUUUCUGAUAUUUGUAAUUCUGCCAUUCCUGUAAUUAAAGCAGAUGAACCGUCUACCAGUGUAGCUCAAACCAGUAGUUCUGCAAAAAUGCCUUGCGCUAAAAAGUCUACUGCAUCUCUGUUCAAUUCUAGAGCCAUAAUUUACCAAGAAGAAGAAGAAGAAGAAGAAGAAGGUUAUAGUCAUUAUGGAAUGGAAGAACCACAAGUUGACUUGACUAAUUUAAUGACCACUUUCGAGAUGGAUAGCUUGGAGUAUACAACAACAGCUGAGGAGAUGAAAAAAAUGAUAAAUUUGGAUGUUUUUGUGGAUUUGAGCGAUAGUUUGGUGGACAAAAAUAUUGUCACAGAAUCAUCAUGAGGAAGUGUGAUAUUCAAAUAAUUAUUUUUAGGAAAAAAACUUUCAUUUAAAUAAAAAAGGUAUUAUUAUUUUGAAAUUUAAUGAUUAUGUUUUAUGAUAAAUGAGGGGUCCUUAUAACAUUGAUGUGCAACUUUAAAUCGUUUGACUGUGAUGAAGGCAAUGUAUCUUACCUAAAACUUGUUACCACCCGUACGAUAUAAAAUUCAAGUUUUAUACAAUCAUUUUGAUACAAAAUGUUUUGGUGAGUGCCUAAUUGUUAUUUAGAAUAAAUUAGUUUAGGAUGGUGCAACCAAAAUGGGAGUCGCAUAUUAGUUGAAAAAACUGAAAAUGUUUGGUUUCCAGAAAGACACUUUAUGUUAUAUUAACAGAAAACAAGCUAUAAUUUAUUUUUGUAGAGCCCAUGUUUGGAAUUAUUGAUUAAUACAUGCUCAAAUACUAAGAGAAUUUAGUUUAAGAAACUGUAAGAGUAGGUUUUUGAAUUAAUUGGAAUGAUUUUUUUUUGU